GACAGCCUGUUGUUAUGGAAACGCAGUUUGUUUAUCAAUACGAACUGCAAAAUUGAUUUUCGAAAAUUCAAUGUUUUGUCAAUAUCAUAAGUUGUCUAAGAAUAAAUAUAUAGACUCUUGACGAUUGAGGGAAUUUAAAAAUGUCCGAACUAGUACCUAAGUUACAAGAUAACCCUCGCGCUGCAUUAGAGCAGCAUAUAACCGCUCUUCAAAGUGAAUCAAAAAUGACUAGAAGAAAUGCUUUACGAAAAAUAAACGAAGAAAUCUUCAAUAAUCCUGCGAAUUCUGAUUGUGAUCUCACCACAGUCUUUCCCGAUAUCUACGCAUAUGUGUUGAAAAGUUUUUCAGACGAAUCGGAAGCAUGCAGGGAAAGCGCAAUUACGAUUAUUUCGAAUUUUAUACAGCGUUUGCCGUUGAAUGAUUAUUAUUUAACAUACAUAUUUCCAGUCAUUGUGCGUCGUAUUGGGUGCCCAGAGAUUGUCGAGGAAUCCGAGGAGAUACGCCUAGUUUUAAUGGAAUUGGUUCAUAGUAUAAUAGAUAAAUAUAAAGGCUCUCAUUUAUUAAGUCCCUUCAUUAAUGACUUCACGAGUAUUCUGACAAAGACGAGUACAGAUCCAUUUCCCAAAGUAAAGAUUGAGGCUUGUGAAUGUAUAAUAUUGCUAACAAAAGUUCUGCAACGGGAUUUCCAUUUCCAAUCAGAGAGCUUUGUGAAGCCUGUUUUGUCUAAUUUUGCACAUCAACAUUUUCGAGUGCGUGUUGCAGCUGUUAGAGCUAUAGGUGCUAUUGUAAUGGCUGGAAAUGUAAAGUGUUUCGAAUUAUCAAUAACUCCGAUGGCUGAAAAGCUCUUUGAUGAGAACACUCAGGUCCGCCUGCAAGUUACUUUGGAAGUUGGCAACUGGAUGCUUAGUUACAGAGAUAGAUAUUCCUUCUGGCAUCGCAUGAUACCUCUUUUGUUGACUAGUUUGAGUGAUGUCAUGGCUGAUAUAAGAGAUACGGCCACCAAGCUGUGGAGAGAUGUGGGCCUACAGUACAUGGAUGAAAAUGAAGAGGAUCUAAAGAAAAAGACGGAUUUCCUGAAAGAUGUACCAUCCCAUUAUCCAGAUGUGAAACGCCCCAAUUUGGGUUGCCGGGUGUUAGUUCAAAGCAAUAUAGGAAAAAUCGUGCCUGCUAUUGGCAGAGAAAUGGACGGCUGGCAAGCGGAUGCCCGUCUCCGUUCAUCUCAGUUGCUAUGCUGGAUGCUGCUGUGCGCUGAGGAGGGAGCCACGCAGCACGCGAACACAAUUGUGCGGAUCCUGCAUAGAGGAGCCGCUGAUGAAGACCAGAGAGUUGUUCUGGAGAUUAAACGUGCAUCCGAACUCUUUGGCUACUUCAUAAUACCAGACACUUGGUGGCCUCUGGUGGAAGCUGAAGUGGACUCGUGGAGUGCUCUACUCGUCAUCACUAACAUACUUAAAGGAUCUAUAAGGGAUCUGGUAAAGGUCAAGGUUCUGCACGAGUUGUGUAAGGAAUUGGCCGAUCCUGAUCGGUGCAGGGUUAGAAAGCCAAAAUAUCAAGAAAAUCUUUUAAAAGUAUGCGAAGCUUUAAUGGAUCUCUGCAAAGAAGAUUGUGCGGCCGUUGCUGAAGAACUGUUCAUUAUCAACUUUACGGUGUACGCUAUGCCCGUAGACGAUAAUAAACAGUUUAUGGCUUUAUCAAACUUAGACAAAUUACGUUACCUCGAACAAUGCGGGAAGACGUUGACGUGUCUAUACGAGCGUCACAUUCGGCGGAUACUAUCUGAUAUAACGAGCGACGCGCUCACGUGGAGCCUGCUCACGCCGGACCGCUGCUUGCUGGAGUGCGUGCUUUUGCGCUCAGGUGCCGCAAUGGGAGCGCAACUGCAUCUCAUAGCGCCAUUACUAAAAGAAUGUUUGGCCGUACCUAAAGUUGACCCGGAAGUCAAACUGAAGAUAUUCACCGCGCUUUCAACAGUUCUGUUGCAAAGGAAAACCAACUUCAGGAAAUGUGAACCUGAAAAAUUGGAGGCUUUCUUGAAAAUUGUUAUUCAAGAGAUAAUCCUGCCCAAUUUAGUUUGGUCGCCGGGUCGCACUUCCGAAGCGAUCCGCACGGCCGCCGUCGCCUGUCUGUGCUCAGCCUUACAGGACAACCCGGAGGAGAUCUCGCUCGAGAGGGGGGGCGACGGGGAUGGCUGUGAUAAGGAUGUAAACUUAUUCCCUACGAAGGAGUCUCUCGAACCGUUCCUAGAAGAAAUGGUCCCAUUAUUGGUGGGCUUAGUGGACGAUAAUUCGUUGCUGACUCGCCAGCACGCGCUCCGUGCGAUAUGCUGCCUGGCAACACUGGCCAAACAACGCAGCUGUUUAACCGUGGAGAUACUUCAUAAGUUGUAUUUUGGUGAGAAUAAAACAUACGCUAUAAAUAUUUAG